CUCUCUCUCACCUGAAAAACCUCUCUCUCCGGUUUGACCCGAAAAGCUCUCUUACCAGAUCUCUCUCCUUAGAUCUGUUCGCUUUCAGACAUCUGAGGUAUGUUGUUCCCUUUUCUUCAAAUCGAAUUUUGUCACUUCUUCGUUUUUUCUGAUAUUCAUCUAAUUAUCUCAGAUCUAUUCAAUUUCUCUCGCGUCUCUAUGCUCAGUUCUCAGAUCUGUAAUUAUAAUGGCGGAGACUCUCAAAGAAGAUUCAAUAAUGAUUCGAGAGGUCUGGAACGACAACCUCCUCGAAGAAUUCGAAUUGAUCCGUGAAAUCGUUGACAGAUUCAGUUACAUAGCGAUGGACACAGAGUUCCCAGGCGUUGUCCUAAAGCCAGUCGAAACUUUCAAAUACAACAACGACCUCAACUACCGAACCCUCAAGGAGAACGUGGAUCUCCUCAAACUGAUCCAAGUCGGGCUAACCUUCUCCGACGAGAACGGUAACCUCCCGACCUGCGGCACGGCUAAAUCCUGCAUCUGGCAGUUCAAUUUCCGCGAAUUCAACAUCGGGGAAGACAUCUACGCGAGCGAGUCCAUCGAGCUUCUGCGUCAGUGUGGGAUCGAUUUCAAGAAGAAUGUUGAUAGAGGGAUUGAUGUUGUCCGGUUCGGGGAGCUGAUGAUGUCUUCGGGGAUCGUUAUGAACGAUUCGAUCUCGUGGGUUACGUUCCAUGGAGGCUAUGAUUUCGGGUAUUUGGUGAAGUUGUUGACUUGUAAAGAGUUGCCGAUCAAGCAAGUUGAUUUCUUCAAGCUGCUGUAUGUGUAUUUCCCCACGGUUUACGAUAUUAAGCACUUGAUGACGUUCUGUAAUGGGCUGUUUGGAGGGUUGAAUAGGCUUGCGGAGAUUAUGGGUGUGGAGAGAGUUGGGAUUUGUCAUCAAGCGGGGUCGGAUAGUUUGCUUACGUUGGGGUCGUUUAGGAAGCUUAAGGAACGUUACUUCCCUGGUUCGACUGAGAGAUAUACUGGAGUGUUGUAUGGUUUAGGUGUGGAAGAUGGUGGUACUAAUGUUGCUAAUUAA